GAGAGGCAUUACAGGUGGGCAGAGGAGCCACCCUGCUGCAGCCACCAGGGAACUGCCAGCAGCCAUGCCAGGCUGCCCGGGUGCAAGAUGACCCUCAGGACCACACGGGCAGCCAGCUUAGCCCAGGCUUUCUUUUGCCUCCUGCUGCACAUCCCCUGGGGCAUCUCCUGCCCCCCGAGCUGCCAGUGCACCGAGCGGGCGGGGGCCAAGGCCGUCCUCUGCAGCUCCCAGCACUUGGAGGAGAUCCCCGAGGACAUCCCCAAAGACGCCGUGUUCCUCAAGCUGGAUGCUAACAGCAUCACCAGGAUCCCCAGCAACGCCUUCAGGCACCUCUCCCACCUGGAGGAACUCGACCUCUUUUAGAUCGACAGGGCAGCUUUCAAAGGGGUAGCCGCGGGGCUGAGGACCCUCGACCUCUCCGGCAACCGCAUCCGCAGCGUCCCCAAGGAGGCGCUGCUGGCGCUCAACGCCAGGCUCCGCCUGGCCAACAACCCCUGGCACUGCGAGUGUGCCUUGCAGGAGGUGCUGUGGGGGGCACGGCUGGACCCCGACUCCGUCCAGGACAUCACCUGCCACACGGCUCCACGCGAAGAGUACGUGGGCAAACCCCUGCUGCAGGUCCUGGACGCGGGGGUCAACUUCUGCAGCGUGCGUCAGAGGAGCACGGACGUGGCCGUGUUCAUCACCAUGUUUGGCUGGUUCACCAUGGUCAUUGUCUACGUCAUCUGCUACGUCCGGCACAACCGAGAGGACGCCUGCAAGCACGGGGCUCACCUGAAGCCCCCGCCGAGCGCCCAGGGUCCUGCAGAGGUCACCAGCACCGCCCUGUAG